GGCUUCAAGGAUCCUGGGCCCAGGAGCAGAAGCAGGAAAGCUCUGCCGCAGUGCUUUCCAGAUGGCCGAGUUGGACCUGAUGGCCCCAGGGCCGCUGCCCGGGAUCGCAGCUCACUCCCUGGUCACUCUCAGCCCAGACUCCGGGUCAGCCAGCCCAGCAGAAGAGGACAAGGGCUCCGUGGAGAGCCCCCAGGGAGAGGUGGAGGGUCCGGGCGCUGGCUCCCAGGAUGGUGGCGGUGGUGAGGAGGAGAUCCCAUGUGACUUCUGCCUGGGGGCCCAGAGGGUGAAGGCGGUGAAGUCCUGCCUGACCUGCAUGCUGAACUACUGUGAGGAGCACCUGAGGCCGCACCGGGAGAACAGCAAGCUGCACAGCCACCAGCUGACAGAGCCGGUGAAGGACCGGGACCUGCCCACCUGCCCUGCCCACCACAGCCCGCUGGUCGCCUUCUGCCGCCCGGAUCGCCAGUGCAUCUGCCAGGAGUGUGGUCAGGACCAGCACAAGGGCCACGCCUCAGUCUCCCUGAAUGUUGCCCGCAGGGACAAGGAGGCUGAGCUUCGGAGCACCCAGCUAGACCUGGAGCGGAAACUCAAGUUGAAUGAAAAUGCCAUUGCCAGGCUCCAAGCCAAUCAUAAAUCCGUUUUGGUGUCAGUGUCAGAGGUGAAGAUGGUGGCUGAGGAGCAGUUUGGGGAGCUCCUUGCUGCCGUGAGGAAGGCCCAGGCUGAUGUGAUGCUCUUCCUGGAGGAGAAGGAACAAGCUGCUCUGAGCCAGGCCAAUGGCAUCAAGACGCACCUGGAGCACAGCAGCGCGGAGAUGGAGAAGAGCAGGCAGGAGCUGGGGAGAAUCGCUGCCAUCAGCAACACCGUGCUGUUCCUGGAGGAGUACUGCAAGUUUAAGAACACCGAGGACAGUGCCUUCCCUAGCGUUUACAUAGGACUCAAGGACAAGCUCUCGGGCAUCCGCAAGGUCAUCACGGACUCCACUGUGCACCUAGUCCAGUUGCUGCACAACUAUAAGGAAAAGCUCCAGGAGUUCGCGAAGGACGAGGAAUAUGACAUCAGAACGCAAGUGUCAGCUGUGGUCGAGCUCAAGUAUCGGACCUCAAAACCUGAGCCCAGCACCAGGCAACAGUUCCUCCAAUAUGCCUGUGAUAUCGCGUUUGACCCUGACACGGCACACAGGUAUCUCCGGCUGCAGGAGGACAACCGCAAAGUCACAAAUACUACACCCUGGGAGCAUCCCUACCCGGACCUCCCCAGCAGGUUCCUGCACUGGCGGCAGGUGCUGUCCCAGCAGAGCCUGUACCUGCACAGGUACUACUUCGAGAUAGAAAUCUCUGGGACAGGCACCUAUGUCGGCCUGACCUGCAAAGGCAUCGACCGGAAAGGGGAGGAGCGCAACAGCUGUAUUUCAGGAAACAACUUCUCCUGGAGCCUGCACUGGAACGGGAAGGAGUUCUCGGCCUGGCACAGCGACACGGAGACCCCGCUCAAAGCCGGCCCUUUUCGGAGGCUGGGCAUCUACAUCAACUUCCCAGGAGGGAUGCUCUCCUUCUACGGCGUGGAGCCCGAUGCCAUGACUCUGGUUCACAGGUUUGACUGCAAGUUUUCGGAGCCAGUCUACCCAGCCUUCUGGCUUUCCAAGAAGGAAGACACCAUCCGCAUUGUGGAUCUGGGAGAGGAGCCUGAGAAGCCAGCACCGGCCUCAGUGGAGGCUGCUCCUUAGACGCUGGAUCCACAUUCCAGACAUUUGCUAACCGCAGGGCAGCAGCUUGCCCUCCGGGGGCAGAAAUCUCUGCCAGGGGUCGCUGGCUUGAGAAACAUGUGGGUCUGUGAAUGAGGACGAGUCACUGGCUUCUCCCUUCUGCUCUGUGCUGUGCUGUUCUUCGAGUUUGUAGUCAUGUUCAGGUGAAAGUCCCUUUUGAAUGAUACUUGAGUCUCUCAUCUUUGAGUGACAUCCUCCUGUCUGUUCAGGUGAACGGCACAUUGUACCUAGAACUGGUAACCAGGAAUCUUCAGGGAGAUUAAAAAAAAAAAUCACAGAGUAAUCGCAAUAAAUUGCUAACUUUAUCACGCAUUUCCUAGGUCCCAGACACUGUUUUGAGUGCUUCCUGUGCAUGAACCCAGGGACCCUCAUACAAUUCCAUGGGUGGAUGCUCAUAUCAGCCCCAAUUUGAAGAUGGGAAAACUAUGGUCCAGGGGGGAUAGUUAACUUGCUCAAGGUCACUGCGGUCACAUGGUGAGUAGGUGACAGAGCUGGGGUUCAGACUUGAAGGGAUGACAUUAAACUUUUAACCACUAUACCAUGCUGCCUUCCUCACUAGAUCAUGGGUGUUGUGUAUAAGGGAAUAAACUACAUGAUGACCUGUUUACAUGGCAACAGAGCAUCCUAAACCCUCCUCUCAGAGUUUGCAAAUCUCUUUGCAGCCCCCACCUCUGAUGGGACUCUAGCUGUGCUGUAGCAGACGGCUCACUUGUGAGUUUUUGGGACAGCAAGGAUGAUAAGAAGUGUGUUAGUGUAGCCAAGUCUAAGACCCCAUGACUUCUGGGCAAGGGUCUCAUUCCUCUCUUCUGAAGUCACCUGGAGUAUGUGGACUUGUGAUUUCUCUUUCAAAGGACAGUUUUUCACAUAUUUAAGGGUGGCUCUCACAACACAUCCUCCCAGGAAAUUCUUCACACUGUAUUCCUCACUUUUCUUGUUUUUACAUUUUAUUUCCCAUUUUUCUUCAUGGUUUCCAGGUCUUUCACUCCCCUAGCCAUUUCACCCUCCUUUCCACAGAUGUGGAAAUCCAUAAGAUUUAUGGCGAACAUUCACAUUUUUUAUUUAGGCAAAUGACAAACUAUUUUUAAAUGAGUUUCUGAGAAUAUAACUGAAAGUCCCUGUAGAAAAUGUAACUUCUGGUUCUGUGUCAAAGCAAACCUGUUCACCCAGCUGCUGACCCCCUGGGAAAGAGGUAGGUGAGAAAAGAAAACAAAAAUGUGAUAUUGUGAUUUAUAAUAAGAAAUACGUGCUUGGUCUCUGCCACCACCACUCCCCCCCCUCCCCCCCCCCCACCGCCUCUGUUCCUGGCACAGAGCUCCUGAAACCCUUGUAAUUUCCUAAGUGAUAAGAGCACUAAGAGCAUCUCUUGUUCUAUUUGUCUUGCCUUUGAGCAGUCUGAUGUUCCUAUCUGUAGAGUACAUUAUUACAGCAUCACUUGACUUGUUUCCGGAGACCCUGUAUUAUUUGUAUUUGAGAAUAUAUAUGGUGUAGGAUUUGGCAUCUUUAUUGAAUUCUUAAAAUUUGAAUUCUAUUGAAUUAUUUUUUUACUUGAAUUUUAAAUUUCAUUACGUUGUUGCUGCUUGCUGAGGUGGUUUUGAUUACUGACUCUAUUUCCAAUAUAUUAGCUCUCCUUCCUAGCCUAAAGUCACCUAUACAAUUGUUGCUGUACUUUUCUUCUUAAGUCUUGAUCUUGUUGAUACCUACAUUGUUUAGGGUAGGGCCAAAUACAGAAUCCUGCAGCACGCAGUCAACACUCUUUGGGUUUAAUUACUCAGUAAGUUAUGCAUCGGUAGAACUUCUGCCCCUUUAUCCGCUGGACCCAAAGAAGACCCCUUUUCAGUGGCAGAGAUCAAGCUAAGCAUUCCUUGCUGCAUUUCUAUGUCUGCAGUCCUUGCUGCUCCUGUCUAGCUAUGCUUUCAAAAGAGAAAAUGAGAUCCGCAUGGCCUGCUUUAAUUUUAUUGAGCCCCUAUGGGCUGGUGGUGCUUGUCACUUCUCUAAAUGCUCAGAAAAUAUUUAAUAAACCAUUUAAGAAUUCUGCUGUGGGCUAACAUCAUUUACUAGUCUGUUGUUUCCAGAAUCUAACUUAUUUUUCUUUUUAAAAAUCAAAACGAUUUUCCUGUUCCCAAUUCUCCUUAAUUUUUCAAAGAAUAAAGCCUAGUGUUUAGUCACAUUGA